AGCCUCAGGAUCUCAGCGAGGCUGGUUGAACGUGGGAGACGUGUUCCUCUGCAGCGUCCUAAUGAAACGAUAGAUUAGAUAGUUAAUGUCUCUAUUGCAUAUACUUUGAAGACGUCAAACAACGAGCAUGUUGAUGUGUUUUCCUGCAGCCGCGGUCCUUCUCUUCGGCUCUUUACACGCUGCGUUAAUGGGCGUGGCGCCGCCGACCAACGUGGAGCUGAACUGCCACAAUAUGAGCAAUGUUCUAACGUGGACUUACGAACAACUCUCACCAGAUCUUAGAUUCAAAAUCACCAUCGGCGUAACCGGUAAAAACAGUUAUCCUAAAGAGAUUUGGGUGAACUCAUCAGCACGACAAGCAGACGUGUCAUUUCUCUCUGAUUACAAUAAUGCAUACUUACUUCACAUAUUUGCCGUGAAUGGCCAGAAUGAGUCUGUUCGUGCACCUCCUGAUGGAAUCAUUUUCACCUAUUUCUGGGACAAUCCAUUGGGGAGGAAGUGUAAUUUGGAUUUCCCAUCAGUUAGCAUCUCUGCCCAUGAUGACACCCUCCUGUUACGCUUCGAGCAUCCCUGGGUGGUGUACCUCCAGAAGUUGCCAAGCAGUCCAAAUACAGAAAACGGGAGAAAGAAAAGCCCUAAACCAUUGAUUUUUAAAUACGACGUUGUGAUCAUCAGCCAGGGGGAAGAACACCACAGCUUUUACUGUGAGAAGAGUGUUUGUGAGGAAAGGCUGUCAGUGGAUCCUGCACAGAAGAAACACUGUCUGAAGAUGAAGGGAGAGCUGGAGAAAAUAUCAGUUCAAGCCAAACAAGACUACUGCUUGUCACCAGAAGCACCACCACCGAACUAUGUCCUCUACAUCACCGCCGGGAUCCUGAUUACCCUUGCUGUAGUUGUUGUUUUAGUUCUCGUCAUGUUGUACCGAAAAUGGACCGCACCCAAUGCUGCCUUGCCAAACUCUGUGAUGUUCCCAUGGAAACUGAAGCAUGUUUUUGCGGAAACGGUUCAAGAGCGGAUCUUUGUGCCAGAAGAACCUAGCUCACCCACGCCUCUGCUGCCGGAAGAGGAGACAGAAUCGACAACUUUUGCUCCUCCCUCUACUGAGCCCGAGCUCCGUAUGGCCAUCGGGCUGUUAAGAGAGGAUGAAGGUGUGUCUGACCACGUGGAGGGAGGGAUUGAUGAGGAAGCCGGGUACACCCAAGGCAAAGACCUGGAUCGAGAUGAGGUGCUAUACUUCAAAGACGACACUGGUUAUGAGAAACGUCCCGUGUUGGAUUAGUGAGCACAAGAUGAACUGACUGAGGGUUACCGUGGCUACAGGUGGAACCUCUGAACGUUUUGCCACAUUGACUGUUCAGCGUUAGGUCAAUUCAAAACUGAACAGCGCCUUGCAGACUUGGUUACAAAUUUCAGGUGGUUUGGUUUGUGUUUGUGAAUGCCAAGUGAAAGGAGAAUAAGAGAUGUCCCUCUUGUCAGUUCAGCUUAACAUCGGUUACAUAUUGCUUCGCAUUUACGUUAACAUGUCAAAGCAGCGCAACAGUAAGCCUAUGUGAAAUAUAUUCCUGCAAAGCAAUUUCUAUCAAUUUCUGGAUAUUCUUGAGGUUGUAAGAUACAAUAGAUCAAAUAAUUCCCAAAUUGGAUCACUCACCAAAAUGUCAGCAGUAUAACAAUAGACAGUUAUGUUGUCCGUUUAUUAUCUUUUUAAUAUGUGAUAUUUGAUCGAUUCUGCUGCCAUCACAAUCCGUGCGUUCCUAUUAGCGCUAGGAGCUGAGAAAGCCCCUCCUAUUAAAGUGAUUGAUCACGAUACUAUACAAAACAUUCAUGUGGCGGACACAUCAGCAAGUACUCAUGGUUAGUUCCAGUUAUUACAGGAUUUUUAAACAAAAAAACUACAACUUCAAUGUUUAUACAUCAGCUUUAUCAUGUACAGAAUCCCACCCAAUGAUAUAAAGGGUCUCUCAUUAUGGCUCCUUCUCCCCGUGUCAGUGUGGGUUCUCUCCGGGUUCUCCGGCUUCCUCCCACAGUCCAAAGACAUGCAGCUUAGGUGCAUUGAAGACUCUAAAAUUGCCAGUAUGUGUGAAUGUGAGUGUGAGUGGUUGUCUGUCUCUAUAUGUCUGCCCUGUGAUAGGCUGGCGACCUGUCCAGGGUGUAUCGUACUCUGCCUUCGCCCAUUGACAGCUGAAAUCGGCUCCAGCACCCCCGCGACCCUUAACUGGAUAAGCGGUUAUGGAUGGAUGGAUGCCUUUGAUGAAUGCACAUAAGCAUUACUAUACAAUACUGUUAUCUCUGUGGAAUAGUACAUAUAUGAAUACUGAGAAUUUCCUUUAUGCUUGUUUGCACUUUUGCUUUUUCCACCUAAAUCGAAUCCUUUUGUUUGUCAUUAGGCUCGUAGCACCUUAAAGUGACACUGAACCCUACAAGUUAAAUCAUCUUUAACUUCUAUAAUGUGACUUUUUUUCUGAGUGAAAUUUAAUAUUUGUGUGGAUGUAGUUGAUACAGUGUUUCAGGUGUGAAUUGAUCGCUCAAAAAAAGUGAGUGUGGCUGAGCAGAUACAGAGAAAUACAGAUCUGUAGGAGAUCGUUUGCCUCGUUUUACACCUCCUUUUCCUGCUGGUAGAUCAGGAAGAGGAGAACGAGGGAGAAAUUAAUAAAUAACAAGAUCACUAAAAGCCAAACAUGUAAACUCCCGUUGGGUAUCGCUCUGCUAGCUGCCAUGACCCACAAGCUAACAGUCAAGUGCUGUUUGAAAGGUUCAACUUUUGUCCUAAAGUACAUGUCCUUAUAUGAAUGUAAGAAGAAACCCUGCAGUGGAAGAUAAGUGGUCAAAAAAAAUUGAACAAAAUAUUUUGUGAAUAAUAAAGAGGGACAGAGGGAAGAAUUUUUAUUUUUUUAUUUUGUCACUCAAUUUAUGCAGUUUGAAAACGAUUGCACUAGUGAAGUGAUGAAAGUUACAUUACACAACCUGUAAGACUUUGUUUUGUGCCUUUUUUAUGUCCGUGCUUUUAUUCAGUUUUUGAGUCACUUGUUGUUUUGUUUGUAACUUUCUUUGUGUUUUGAAACUUAACCUACAUAUGCUAAGUUGCAGGGCGGAUCGGUUUAAACUCAGUGCCGAAUACAUGAAUACCGAGUCUGGCUGAAGUGAACUAGCAACACAUUUUAAGUGACACUGACUGAAAAAGGGAAUUGGUGCUUUUAUUUGUACAUUUUUCCAUUCAACAAUUUCAAAUUGGAAAGGACGGAUUUAAUUUCCAAUCAGAGUGAUUGACCGGGCGUGAUGAGUUUUGUAUUUGGGGAAAAAUGGCAGACUGGUUCAAUUUGAGCAAAUUAUUGUCUAAUUUAUCUAGCUGCUCGUUAUCCUCGGUAUCUAUCUGGUCUGUCUCUGCAUCUGUCCAAAUAAUGUUUCCUUUUUGACUGUAAACUACUGUUUUUAUUUGUUUAUCUUCUGUCAUUUUUUUUAGCAUUACAUACUUUCAAUAAAAAUGAACAUAAAUC